AGAACUUUGAUUGCUGACUUAGCUGGCAGCUGACCAGCUCAACCUCUGCAGCAUGUCGGAAGCAGAGAAGCUUCUUUUGGUGGAGGAAGGAAGAGCUGUCGCCCGAGGACCUGCUGGAAAGGGAUGGCCUGUGAUGCAGCCUCUUGAGAAUCCCAGAACGCUCUUUUGCUUUCCCUGGAUUUUUUGCGUUCCCUUGCCGGGCAUCGCGCUAUACAUUCUCACUGGCUUCAGUAUGUGGGUUCUAGCUCAAGUUCUUCUAGUCGCAUUUCUGAUCGUGGGCUUGCCGUUGUGCUGCUGUCGGGUCUACCUCUGGUUUUGGGGCUGCUGGCCCUUCUUUUGGCCGACCGACGUCUACGAGAAGAUUCUGUACCUCGCGCAUUUUAACUCAGUUAGGAGCCAUGUGCCACCAAAUGCAGGACCCGAAUUUAUGCCGGUUUCCGGCUUGAAGCCCCGAGGAGAACUGGCCAAGGGCCUUCUGGACUAUGCGCUUUUCUUGCGCGUGCCCUUCGCUACAGCCGAAGAGUUUGGAAACGUUGACGAACCAACCUUUAUCGAGAAAGCGAUCUCCUCGUUGCCGGAGAGGGAACACUUCGAAACCUUUGGCCGGGACGAAAAUCCCGUGGAGUUCGUGAUGAAGCAGAUGUCCUCCAUUUAUCCGGACAUUUAUCAGGAGUGGCCUGACAAAUUGAGUGACCAUGCUUUGGCCCGCUUCUGUUUGCAUGGGAUCGGUGCGCAUCGAGUAGACACAGAAGUGCGAGAUGGGCAGAAACUCUUUGUUGUGAGGACCAACCCUUUGUCAAUUCUUCCAGUCAAUGAUGGCUUUGAGAGAUAUGGAGGUGAUGCAUAUUUUGAUCAAUCUUGGAACCCGGUGAUGAUUGUUGACAGCGGUAUGGGCCCUUUGCGAGAUGACGGAACUCAGAAGACAGUCACAACGAAACCUGGAGAUUCGGGUUGGGAGAGGGCGAAGUUUCGAUUCCGUUCAUCCCUGUUUACUCUCGUCACGUUGGUGGAUCAUUUGUACGACAUCCAUUUGCAAAGAGCGAAUCUCUUCGUGACAGCUCUACGGGAACAGAUGUCUCGGGACCAUCCAAUUCGACGCUUCAUGGCACCCUUCACCUACAACACCAUUUUUGUGAACGACAAUGCCUUCCACAACUUGAUCAGAGAGGGUGGUCUUGGCCCUCGCUGUUUUGCUUUGACAGAACAAGGAUUUGCUUUGGCUUUUGCGGCAGCUCCAUCCUUGGUGAUCGGAGCUGGAGCCGGAGAGGGUGGGAAAACCAUUUUGUUUCGACCGGAGUAUGUGGAAUAUCUCAAGAAGAAGGGUAUAGACACGGUCUACUGGAGACAGUCACUUCAACUCUACGACAUCUUCUUGCGCUUCGUUGUGGGGUAUUUGGAGUGCUACUACCCAAAGAAAGAGGACCUUGCAAAUGACCCAGAGAUGAAGGCGGCUGCCAGGCAGUACUUCCAUCAGCUGGAGUAUGUCUCGCCAUCGAUGCUGGGUCGGCCCGGUAACGACCACGUGCUACAACAAAGAGAACUUACGGUCACUCCAGAUGAAGCUUUCAUGUUCUACGCCAAGUGGUUAGCACAGAUCAUGCUGGAUGUAACUGCUGGACAUGAACAAGCCGGAGCAGUGGAGGUCUACGCACAAGACGCGUCCUGGUGCGCCUUUCGUUGGGGCAUAGGACAAAGCUGCGGUACCAAGCAAACAGCCACGGCAACUGCGCUGCUCAUGUCCUUUACUAACAAGAAGAUGCCCAAGCUUUUGGACGAUUGGACACAUCUAUUUCCACCUCCAAUCUCUGGGGAUCCGAAAGCAGUCUUUCAGAAGUUCCAGGAUGAGCUCGUGGCCAUGGCAAGUUCUUGUGAUGCUUACAAUGCUGCUUCGUCGACAAGGCCUUAUCCAGAGUGCUUCCCAAUGUAUGUGAACAACCCGAAACUUCUGGAAGUGAGUGUCAGCCUGUGAACACGCGUGAGACGUGUAGAUAGGUGAUAGGCUCACGUGGAGAUGAUCCAAGAUGAGGAAGCUCCACAAAUGGACCAGGUGGACAUAAAUCAAUCCAUCAACAGUGUGCCUUAUUGGGAUCAGCACUUGAUUGACAAACCCAGUAUUUUCGCCAACGCUCGUGGUUAAGGGGCGAAAUUGCGCCCGUUCCCUGUGCAGAUUUUGGAUAAUUUUCAGAGUCGUUUGCAAUGCCAAAGGCCCAAGCACCAUGAAUACACACUGGCGCGUGUGUGUGUGCUCGAAAUAUUGACACGGGAGUGCUCACUGUUGAUACAGGGAGUGCUCACUCGCCCGUGACCUCCGUGACCUGACUUCAAUUUCACCGGACUGUGG